GGGCGUGUUUAUUUUAAAUUCUGUUGCUGCGUUCUUGAUUGCAUCUGUAAUUUGCGUGUCAUGGGAGAUUCUUUCCAGGAUUUUUAGAUUCUCUAUUUUCCUAAACCCUAGGAUGUCGAACCCUAAUUCAACCUCAAUUUCCUUUCUUAGUUGAUAUAUGUUGAAACCGACUUGUGGCAUUUCCUGGUAGCAUUAUUGAUAAGGCAGAAAACGAGGAGGAUGGGUUCUUUGUUGAAUUUUGUCCGAUUGAAAUUAUCGUUGGGGGUUCGAAUUAGGGAAAAUGUCCGACUGCAAAAUUGAGUCUUACCUGAGGUUUUCCUUAGUCCUAAUUGAACCUGGAUUGCCUACUGUGAACGCUUUCGUCUUGUUUCCGAAUAUUUUAUAAUUGAGAUAUCUGCAUAGCGAGAAAAAGAGGCGAACGAUUUUUUUACGUGAAUGUUAUGCGCUUUUGGGUUAUUGGUUUGAUCUCUUAAGGUAGGCCUCUCUCUCUCUCGCGUGCGCGAGUUCCUCUCCCUAUAUCUGCUGAAUAUGGUCCCUGCCUCUCUCUUUUCAUUCUUGUCCCUGUGUGUGCCGAAGAUCCUCCAGCAUCUCUCCUUUCAUUCAUCUCUCCCUUUCUGAACGGCAGGAGAGGCAGGCAGUUAAGGUCUGUCCGACGCUUUCCAAUCAGAUUCAUCCGAAGAAGAUCGGUCUGCAAUGGCUUCUGCUGCAGACUCUUGGAUGAGGGAGCUUAAUGGAGCAUCUAGGAUUGCAGAUGAGAUCAGUGCUGGAAUUUCUGAGAGAAGUUCAUUCCCUGCAUCAGGCCCAGAAACACAAUGCCAUUUGUCUGGCCUUCGGAGGAAGAACACAAUCCUUAAGACCAGACUUGAUAUGUUGGAGUCCCUUUUGGCGAAGCUUCCUACAAAGCAGCCAAUAACAGAGAAGGAACUUCAUCGGCGGCAAGACAUGCUUGCAAAUCUCAGAUCCAAGGCCAACCAAAUGGCAUCCACAUUAAACAUGUCAAGCUUCGGCAACAGGGACAACUUGCUUGGGCCAGAAAGUAAAGCCUCUGAGAUCAAUAGAACUGCUGGCUUGGAUAACUAUGGUAUUGUUGGUCUGCAGCGGCAGAUUAUGAGAGAACAAGAUGAGGGUCUGGGGAAGUUGGAAGAGACGAUUGUCAGCACAAAGCAUAUUGCUUUGGCUGUCAACGAGGAGCUGACUUUGCACACACGGCUGAUUGAUGACUUGGAUCAGCAUGUUGAUUCAACUGAUUCUCGUCUUCAGCGUGUUCAAAAGAGAUUAGCAAUUCUCAACAAGCGAACAAAGGGAGGAUGCUCUUGUAUGUGCCUCUUGCUGGCGGUGAUAGUCAUUGUCAUUCUUGCGGUUGUUGUUUGGCUGCUAAUCAAGUAUCUCUGAUUGAAACAGGUUAGAGCCUGCUUCUUUGAUCAGUUGUCUUGGUUUAUAUUUCUCUGGUUCUUAGAUCUGAUUGUGUCCUAGUUGCUUGCAACGUUCAUGAAUGGUGUUCUCUUCUUCUUGGUUGAGAUCUCCACACGGUCUCGAGUGAACAAUGUCUUGCUGUAUAUUUGAGGAUAUGUGCAGAAAUUUAGUGGUCUUGGUCCAGUGUUCAUGGCUCUUGCUUAUGAUUACUGGUGGAUGUACUUGACACUAAAUGUUAAAGGAAAUGAGAAGGUAAUAAGACCCAAGUUUUUGAUUUA